UUUCAUUUGCUUUCUAUUUUAAACUGCCAAGCAGUAACAUUAUCCGGUAUCCAGUGCACGUUGUAUGUGUAAAAAAUUCACUUUUGUUAAAUCAUCUGUUUGUCUAUUUUUAUCAAUUUAUAAAUAUGCUGGAAAACAGUGAUCAAAAUCUUGCUAUUGUCACCUGCACGGCACCAGUGAACAUUGCGGUCGUCAAAUACUGGGGGAAACGCAAUGAAGAUCUCAUUCUGCCAAUCAAUUCAUCCCUCAGUGUGACACUGCAUCAGGAACAGCUCAAAACUACUACAACAAUUGCAUGCAACAGAAGUUUCCAGCAAGACCGCAUCUGGCUGAAUGGCAAGGAGGAGGAUAUCAGCUGCCCUAGGUUGCAGUUAUGUCUGCAGGAAAUUCGAAGGUUAGCUCGCAAGAGACGGAAUACUGGUGGUCCAACUUCUGAUAUCAGCGUAAUGUCCCAUAAGGUCCAUAUCUGCUCUGUGAAUAAUUUCCCCACUGCUGCUGGCUUGGCAUCCUCUGCAGCAGGCUACGCCUGUCUGGUGUACACACUUUCAAAGUUGUUCAAUGUGGAGGGUGAGCUGUCUACAGUGGCACGAUUGGGCUCUGGCAGUGCAUGCAGGAGUUUGUACGGUGGCUUUGUCCAGUGGAAGAUGGGGGAACGGUCAGAUGGGGAAGACAGUAUCGCUGAACAAGUGGAAUCUGAAUCGUACUGGCCGGAGCUCAGAGUAUUGAUUCUAGUGGUGAGUGCUGAGCAGAAGUCUGUUGGGAGCACGUCUGGAAUGCACACUAGUGUGGAAACAAGUCAACUUCUGAAGGUACAAAAUGAUUAAUCAUUAGGGCCCGAG